CCGAAUCAGUGGGAGGAAGAUGGCGGCGCUCAUCCCCCUCAGCCAGCAGUUUACCGGGAAUCCAUUAUAUGAAAGUUACUACAAACAGGUAGAUCCAGCAUAUACAGGCAGAGUUGGGGCAAGUGAAGCUGCACUUUUCCUGAAAAAAUCUGGUCUCUCUGAUAUUAUCCUUGGGAAAAUAUGGGAUUUGGCUGACCCAGAGGGUAAAGGAUACUUGGAUAAACAGGGUUUCUAUGUCGCAUUGCGCCUUGUAGCAUGUGCACAGAAUGGCCAUGAUGUUAACCUGAGCAGUCUCAAUUUGACUGUGCCACCUCCUAAAUUUCACGACACUAGCAGUCCUUUGCUGAUCACCCCACCUUCAACAGAGACUCACUGGGCUGUUAGGGUGGAAGAAAAAGCAAAGUUUGAUGGUAUUUUUGAAAGCCUUUUGCCAGUAAAUGGUUUACUUUCAGGAGACAAAGUAAAACCAGUACUGAUGAAUUCAAAGCUACCUCUUGAUAUCCUAGGAAGGGUCUGGGAUCUCAGUGAUAUUGAUAAAGAUGGUCACCUGGACAAGGAUGAAUUUGCUGUGGCAAUGCAUUUGGUAUAUAGAGCUCUCGAGAAAGAGCCGGUUCCUUCACUAUUACCCCCUUCUCUCAUACCACCUUCUAAAAGAAAGAAGACGCCUGUCUUUCCUGGUUCUGUUCCUGUUCUUCCUGCAAGUCCUCCACCAAAAGAGAGCCUCCGCUCUACCCCGUCUCAUGGCAGUGUCAGCAGUCUGAACAGCACGGGGAGUUUGUCUCCCAAGCACAGCAUUAAGCAAGCACAGCCCUCUGUGAAUUGGGUGGUACCAGUGUCUGAAAAGGUGCGAUACGAUGACAUCUUCUUAAAAACAGACACAGACAUGGAUGGGUUUGUGAGUGGCCAAGAAGUAAAGGAUAUUUUUAUGCAUUCAGGUCUCUCUCAGAAUCUCCUAGCGCAUAUAUGGGCUUUGGCAGACACAAGACAGAUGGGAAAGCUGAGCAAAGAUCAAUUUGCAUUAGCAAUGUAUCUCAUCCAACAGAAGGUCAGUAAAGGGAUUGAUCCUCCACAAGUGUUGUCCCCAGAGAUGAUCCCUCCCUCAGAGAGGAACACUCCCAUACAGGAUAGUUCAAGUUCUGUUGGAUCAGGCGAAUUUACAGGCGUGAAGGAGCUGGAUGAUAUUAGUCAAGAAAUUGCACAGCUGCAGAGAGAAAAAUACUCACUAGAGCAGGACAUUAGGGAAAAAGAAGAAUCAAUCAGACAGAAAACCAACGAAGUCCAGGAACUUCAGAAUGAUUUAGAUAGGGAGACAAGUAACUUGCAGGAGUUGGAGGCUCAGAAACAAGAUGCUCAAGACCGCCUGGAUGAAAUGGACCAGCAGAAAGCCAAACUAAAAGAUAUGCUGAAUGAUGUAAGGCAGAAAUGCCAGGAAGAAACACAGGUGAUUUCAUCACUAAAAAUGCAGAUUCAAUCUCAGGAAUCAGAUUUAAAAUUACAAGAAGAUGACCUUAAUAGAGCAAAAGCAGAGCUGAAUCGCCUCCAGCAAGAAGAGACUCAGCUAGAGCAGAGUAUCCAGGCUGGAAAAGUGCAGCUUGAAACAAUAAUCAAAUCUUUAAAAUCAACACAAGAAGAAAUAAACCAGGCAAGAAGUAAACUUUCUCAACUUCAAGAAAGUCAUCAAGAAGUCAAUAAGAGUAUAGAAGAAUAUAAUGAAGCUCUCAAUGGGAUUCAUGGUGGCAGCCUGACGAAUUUGGCAGACAUAAGUGAAGGCCUUGGGCAGACAGAAAGAAACAAUUAUGGAGCUAUGGAUGAUCCAUUUAAGAAUAGAGCCUUGAUGUUUACCAAUAAUACACAGGAACUGCAUACAGACCCAUUCCAGUCAGAAGAUCCUUUCAAAUCAGAUCCGUUUAAGGGAGCAGACCCUUUCAAAGGCAGUGACCCAUUCCAGCAUGAUCCUUUUGCAGAACAACCACCUGCUCCAGCAGAUCCAUUUGGAGGUGAUCCAUUUAAGGAAAGUGACCCAUUUCGUAGUUCUGCCCCUGAGGAUUUCUUCAAGAAGCAGGUGAAGAGCGACCCAUUUACCUCAGAUCCGUUCACAAAACCCCCCACUUUACCCUCAAAGCCUGACCCUUUUGAAAGCAGUGAUCCUUUUACAUCUUCCAGUAUCUCUUCAAAAGGUCCAGAUCCAUUUGGAACACUGGAUCCAUUUGGAAGUGGUACUUUCAGUAGUGGUGAGGGAUUUGCAGACUUCAGUCAGAUGUCAAAGUCGGUAGCUUCGGACCCCUUUGCCUCCUCUUUUGGAGGGGUGGGAUUCUCAGAUGACCCCUUCAAAAGCAAAUCAGACACACCAGCAUUGCCACCGAAGAAAAAUGUCCCUCCACGCCCCAGGCCACCCAGUGGUAAAAGUACUCCUGUAAACCACCUUGGGUCUUCAGAUUUUCCCAAGCCCCAUGAUCCAUUCCAGCCAUUUGGGGCUGACAGCAGUGACCCGUUUCAAAGUAAAAAGGGGUUUGGGGACCCAUUUAGUGGAAAAGAUCCAUUUGCUCCCUCCUCUUCAAGUAAAACUUCUAAAGACUCUUCCUUGGGGUUUGCAGACUUCAGCUCUUUUGGAAAUGAAGAACAGCAGCUGGCGUGGGCAAAGCGUGAGAGUGAGAAAGCAGAGCAAGAAAGACUAGCUCGAUUGCGGAGACAAGAACAAGAAGACCUUGAGUUGGCUAUUGCACUCAGUAAGGCUGAUAUGCCAAACUCUUAAGUAGCGGUUCUUUGGCUCCACCCUGUCCAAGUGAAACCUUUAAACAUGGCUUUUAUAAAAAUACUAAAUUCUUGGUUUAUGUCAUAGAAAUAAUUCUAGUCACCUUCAACUCUAAACGAGACUGGUUAUGUCAAACUGGGCUCUGUGUGGCUUUUUGAGUGCAUAUUAUGCAGGAAACACUGUAUAAGCUGUAUUAUAUGUUCUAGAUAAAACUUACUGCUUAUAAGAAAUGUAAUGUAUGAUCCUAAGAUACUGAAAGCAAAGUUUCUUUAUCUGGAAGACGAUGUUGCGUUUAGUGACCUGCAGCUUGUGAAUCUGGCUUUAUAUUACCUGAAUUCCAUUGGGGCGCUGAGGCUGCAGUGUGAAUUUCAAAGAAAAUGUCAUAAAAUUAUAAUAUUUAUAGAAUUAACUCUCACUUGUUACUUUUAUUUAACAGUUCCCGGUAGGUUAAUCAGUACAUCAUCUGCCUCAUCUAUGUCGAAGUCUUCAGCAUAAAUUCAUUGUUAGAUGGUCCCUUUUUAGCCAGGAGAUGCGACUUUUACAAAAGAAUCUGGCCUUUUAUAUCUGCUGGAUACAGACAUAGUGAACCGUGUAAAAUGUUCUGAAUUUCUAUCAAUGAGAAGUUCUUCUAAUUUAACCAUUAGUUUGCAUUAAAUUGUAAUAAUUGUGUGUGAUGUAAGAGAGGGAGUUAAUUCAGUUGUAAAUUGGACAGAGAAUUUGGCAAUUAAAUCAUUAGAUGAAAUCUUGAUUUAUCUCAUAAGCAAGUGAGAUUGUGAUACAAGUUUGAGGAAUGCUUUCAUUUAAACACAAGCAAUGGAAAACUUACCAAGUCUGAGCAGUGUUCAUCCCUGCAACUCAUUUUACUCUCUUUUGCUUCAACUGCCAGAACACAAACCGUAUGAUUUGUGGUACCUGAGUGUGUGAGACAGUCCCUACCUCCGUUUCUUUAUUUCCACCUAUCUUAUAGUUGGCUUACAGAUCAAACAUCAUUUAGCUGAAGUAAGGCCAAGUUGAAACAGAUUUUAGUUGCCAAAUACAUGUUCAUACCUAAGUUAUAGAAGUACUGGUGGACUGGAUUGGCUUUAAAACACAGCUGGCAGAAGUCCGAGUAGGAACAGAUUUUAUAUGUACCUGUAGAACUUAAUACUUCCACCUGCUAAGGAUAACACAGAAUGUGUUAUAUGUGUCACGUCCUUAAGAUAAGUCUGUGAAUUAUUUACUUACUAAAAAUGCCUUUUCUGAUGACAGGAACUCAAAAACUUCAGUUACCUUUGCCUUGGACUCUUAUUUUUAAAUAGAAUAGGCAAGUCUUUCCUGUCCUUGGCUCUGUAGGAAUCCAAAGUUUAACAUUCUGUGGUUAAAAUGAAAAUGUGGUAUUCCUUCAUCAUCUUUAAUGCAUUUCUAUUCUUACGUCCUUGCUUCCUUUCAUUUUUCAUACUACAAUGACAGUGCCUGUUCACGGAACGAAAACAGUCUUUCCCCAUUCUGUUGUAAUGGCCAUAUUUUGGAUGCUUUCCUUAGAGAUAAGAAUCUGAUUGGAUUCAUUUUAAUCUUCUUAGUAGUUUUCAGCUCUGAAAUGCAGCUAAAAUGUGGCAUUUGUCAUCCCAGCUAUUAGUGAGUAGGUGUAUGGGGGAGUGUGUGUGAGCAUACACACAUGUGCACAUCCGUCCAUUCAUGUAUGCAACAAUAUACCUGACAAAACUGAACCCUUGUAUCUCAAAAUGCAGUUUUAGGAGUCACAGUUCCCGCUUUGCUCUUUGUGCAAUGAUAUUACAAAUAAUGUGAAUCAUUAAUUCCCCUCAGAAAGGGAGAAGAUGCAUUCUAGUAUUAAACCCAACCACAUAAAGGUCUUGAGUUCCCUCUUGUUAAUGGCCCCUGUGGAAUGAAGGUAUUUCUGAUUUCACAGAACCUGAUUUGAAAUCCCUUCCCAUUGUAAAGUUUCUCUAAACUAUGUGAGAUUAAAUGAUCAAACAUACUAAAAUGUCAACAACUUCUCUUUUCUGUUGGUGUACAGGACUUGAAGUCUCUCAGAGCAAACUUAGGCCUGUCUAUAGUUAACAUGAGAUAAAACUCUUGCUAUGAAUGGGCAGUUUUCCACAUGGAAUGGCUGCAGGCUUCUCAGUGAAGUUAAUCAGAUUGUAUCCAUGUGUAAGAUUCUCCUUUUCAUUUGGGCCUAAGUCUUUGUGGUGUCUCUUCUGCUACAAUAAACCCCCAUUCACAUGGAGUGCCUUUUUAGAAAGGAAAAUCACUUUUGGACUACUGCUUGGAUGAGGUCACUCCAGUGGGACAGGGUGGAUGAACUCAAUAGCUUGAUUCAUCUUCUGAGUUAUGUACCAUAACAAGACUUUCUGCUACUUUGUCAGUGCUCUGAAAUACUGUAAUUUAUAAUGCUUCUAAGGCAGUGAGUCGGUGUUUUCAAGCUGUCCAGCAGGAAGCCAGAAAUGUGAAUUAACCUAGCAUUCCAUAUAGUGUUAGAACUAAUUACUCAUUUUCCUAUUUCCUUAUUGACUCAUUCUUCAUGUUUGCUUGGACAGUAAUAGAAGCUCAAGCCAAUGGACAAGGACAGAACGUGUUCUCUGUACACAGUGCAUUAGAUUUAGUAACCUUAGGUUUACUGAAACACUCUCGAUUCCAAAUUUUAGACACUGCAGUAGAAGAAAACUUAGCUGUGAUUUCCCCCCAUUCUAUUUAAUACAGUUUUCCAUGCAAAAAGGAGCAUUACCCACGUUCUUCCCUUAUGCUUGUAACUCAGUGCUUUGUAUAAUACCUGCACUUGUUCUUCUAAGACAGAACUUCUAACACAAGACAUUGAUCAUCAUCUUCCUCCAGAACAGUGAAAUUUAAAGCACAAAUAGGCCUAUUGCCAUUUGGGCAGACAAAAUAUGUACAGUGCAAGAUACAGAAAAUGUGAGUAUACACAAUGCAUAUACAGUGUACAUUGAGAUCCAUAUUAUUUGUGUCUAUGUGUGUACAUAUAUAUAUAGUGUAUUGUAUAAUAUAAUAAUAGUGUGUGUAUAUACUAUAUACGUCCACAUACUAUGUCUGGUAUAGAGUUACUUGUGCUGUACAUAAGAUGUGUAUAUACAAUGAAUAUGUAGAAUAUGCAUAUAUAUUCUAUAUAUUAAAGCUUGUGUGUAUGUAUGUAUUCUGUCAGCAGAGGUGGAUACAGAAAUGGAAUUUUUACAGGAAGGCAGAUUAGAUUGUGGCUCUUAGAAUUUCAAAGUUCUGGUGAAAGAAAGAAAAUAAAAAGGCAAAAUGACUGCUUCUGAUGAGUUUGUUUCAGGAUUACUUCCACUGGCACGAGGAACUGUGUUCAGGAGCUGUGCCAAGCUUAGAGAGAAACCUGGCAGAAGGUCAGUGUCAUCUGCACUGGAUGUGAUUUCCCAUUCUUUUGCGAUUUUAAAGUGUCUUUUUGAAAAGGCUCCAUUUCUGAUCUUCUUGCAUGGGAUGGUCAUGCCAGCUUUUCUUUUUUCCCUAGGCUGAGGCAAUGGUUUUUCUCCUACAUUUGCUUUUGGUUUCACUUUUCUCUCUCUUUUCCCUCUUUUCUAAACCCCCAUUUUUAAGGAGCUAUUCCCAUAGCCCCAUACACCCCAAACAGUCACACGCUGAGGUAUAAAACAUGUUUUCCUUGCUUCAUUCUAGUUAUACAGGUUGCACGUAAUUGUCAUCUGGAUUUCAGCUCUGGUUUUCCUCCUUUUCCACCUAAGCUUUUACUUCAGGAGGAACGACUAUCCAUUGCAUUCUUGGCUUUGAGGAAAGAAUGGAGGUGAUUCUGCUCGAGUAAAUUAUUAGACUCUGUGGUACAUUGAGCAAUCACUAUGAGUUUAGUAGGCUUUUAUAGUGGCACAUGUGUGUUUUAUACGGAGUAUCGUCACUGCUGGAAUGACUCAUGGAAAACCAUGAAUUGCACACAGCGCCGAGGCACAACAGUUAAAACAGGAAAGACGGACAAUGAUUCACGUUGAACCUCCGCAUGCAGACCUUGCAUGUAGGACACAGGUAUUGAAUUACCCACAUUAGCCUUUAUAGACCAGUACGUUCGCAUUGGCCUCGAGUGGUUUCCCUACGUUAUAUUCAGAUAGGCUUGUUGUAAAACAUACCAGUCAUUCUGCAAUAAAAGCAGAUGCUCGUAAAGCAAUGCUUCAACAAUAAUGCUCUAUGAAGUAUUUUUAUAUUGGCAAGUUUUUCCUUAUGAAAUCUCUGCCCUAUGCGCAUCAUCAGUCCUUACUCUGUUUAGUUUCAUGUGCUGUGCUUUCCAAGCUGUGUCCUGCUGCAUAACCUUUUCCUUUUUUAAUUCCUGCCUGUGAAAUCUGUUGUCAGAAAUUUUGUAGAAAUCCUUCUGUUGUCUUAAUGCUCAAAGAUAAUGCACUUUUCUUGAGUCUUCUUAUAAUCCUUUUUGGGUUACUAUUUCUUCUUUAGUGUUUCUCCAUUGAGAAGAGUAUUUAUGCUGUAGAACUAAGGCCCAAGGGAUUUUGGUCCAAGUAGGAUUGUUGCUUUCCCUCAUGUAAGAGUUUGAUUUCUCCUUCCUCCUGCAUUUUAUUCCUCCCUCUCAGGAAUUUCUGUUUAAUCCUCAUUUGGAGUUGGAACUGUGUUAAAGUGAAUUGAUCUGAGCUAAUAAUCAUCUAAUUCAAAUACCUUUCCACACUGAUGAACAGCAAAGUUUCUGUUGUGGGUCAGCUGUUGCAUCUCUGUAGCCUUCACAACAGUCACCUUAGGAAAGGGACUUUGCUUGGAGUACGGUGGAAUGAUAGAAGAUUUAUUUUUAGAGGAAAUGUGUUAACUCUUCUUCAUUGACACACCUGUUUCAUCAGUUGAUAUACUGCUCUUUUUACUUGAAAGUUUUAUAAAUAAAGGCUAAUUUGUUAUAAAA